CACCCCGCGGGUCCACGACCCAGGCAGGCAGGAGUGGUAGCACCGCACUAGCGCACUCCGUCGCAGAACCGGUCCACCACCGCCACCCCCGCAGUCCACUCCCAGCGCCGCCCGUCCCGCCGCCGCCGCCGCCGGGGAGGACCAGGAUGGCCGAGAAGCCGGCGGGCCCGGCCUCCAGGUCCAGGAUCCGGGGCGGGCUCGCCCCCUCCGCGCCCUCCUCCAGGAGGGUGGUCUCGAUGGCGUACACGGCGGCUCCGCAUCAGGCCAAGAAGGUUCCUGAGCCGAAGGUUGUGAAGCCAGCAAGAACCACGCCGGCCAAGAGGCGGCAGCAGCUGGAUCAGGCGCAGAAGCAGAGGGAAGAGCUCGCUGCGUUGCAGGAGCAGCUUGGUGGCUUGCAGGGAAAACUGCUUGAGAAAGACGAAGCUCUGAGGUCCGCAGAGAACUUGAUUGGCCGGAUCAGUGUUGCGAACGAAGAGGUGGAUGAAUUGAGAAGCCAGCUUAAUGAUAAGGAAUCGCUUGUUGAGUCUACUGGCUCCGAGUUGCAUGGUGCAAAGAUUAUGUUGGCAGAGAAGCAAGCAGCAUUGGAGAAGCUAGAAUGGGAGGCAAAGAUGUCAAGUACAAAAGUUGAAGAACUUGAAGUGGAUGUAGCCUCUAUGGAUGUUGAAAUCUCUGCUCUGAUGAAGGUAUUCAGGAAAAUAACAGAGAACAACCGAGCCUCUCAUCCCACGGAGAGAUCUGACGAUUCAUCGUUGGAAUGUGAACCAGUUCAGCUUGAUGAUACGGUAGGUGAUAUUGAUACGGAGAAGAUGGAGCAGGAAAUGUCAGCCUACGUCACGGCUCUAGCAGCCGCGAAAGACAAUCCUACGGAGGAGUUCCUGAAGGCAGUAACUGAGGCAAGGCUGAGACUCCAAGCGUUUGUACUCUAACUUGUCAGGAAAACAUUGACCCAUGCUCUGUGCCCACUGCCCAGAGCAGCUCUCGUGAUGCUCGGCAGAAACAGUUUCGCCACUGGGUGAUAUGAUGUGCACGCGAGUUGACAGUUGUCGCCACUGGGUCUUAUAUCGCAGAGGAUCCGUGUUUGUAUCCUCUCAUCUUGGAUCUGGGCCGAUGAUGCCUCUGAUCUUGUUGUUGUAAUGUUAUCAACUAUUUGUAGUAUGUGACUGGGUGGCAUCUUAGUAGAGAUGUCAACUUGUACAAUUUUAGUAAACAUCUGAUGGUUCAACUGUCUGGACGACCUAGAGAUUAUUGUUCUAAGUGGUCUGAACAUUUGCAAUCCGGAGUAUGUUCUCAAACUUUCAGGCUAUUGUUUGGUUUCAUGCA